AACCCAACUUCUAAAAGCUCAAACAGAUUUGCAGAACUGAGCAAUGCUACUCAUCGAUCUUUCUCCAGAAAUUAUUAACCUCAUAGUUCACUUUCUGGGCCUGUCAGGCAAGCCACUUGAUCUGUGUGGUCUGGCUCUCUCAUGCCGCUUUUUGUCCGUUGUGGUCCGACCUGCCAUCCCAAGUAUUGUAGACCUUAAACUGCCUUCAAGCCGGUUAUCCCUUCUACAAAGAUCUAUCGAUGAAGACCCAUCUUAUGGUCAUGGAGUACGAUCAGCCACACUCCAACGAGACAAUCGGCGUGGCAGCGUCGAUGAGACUGAGACCCGCGAAGCUAUCGAGACAUUCCUGCUCAGUACUCCCGCUAUAAGGGACUUACACCUGAAUGAGUUCUACAUGCCUGGAGUAGCGAGAUUCGUUCUUUCUACGAGUCUAACUCUGUGGACGACUUUGAGAAAGCUCAAGUUGGCUGAUCCCCAGAUGAAUUUCACAGAACUGGUGGACCUCCUGUCACGGCACCAAUUUCGCCAUCUCGAGGCUGCACACUUGAACAUUAUGGAAGUCCUUGAACCUCCCCGUGAAACUCACCCACAGUCUGGUCUGACGUAUCUUGAUCUUCGGAAAUCAAGAAUAGAGGAUUAUGUACUUGGCAUAAUCCUUCGCCGUCUGCCCGCUGUUCACACAAUCCGCUACCGCCUUCCACGCAGCGUUGAACGACAGGCGACGGCCACUGCUGCACAAAUGAACGCCAAUCAUCUUAUAUUCCCAAAUCGAGUUGAACUAGCCCUGUUGAAAGCCUCAAAGACGUUGACAAGACUGGAUCUCAGCAUACUGUAUCGAAGGGGCCGUCUUGUUCCAGAUCCUGCGAGGAUUGAUCUUAGUGGAAUGACCGCACUCAAGGAGCUCAAAAUAUCUGCUUUGUAUUUCUUCUUAGUACUGAAUGGUGGUAGGGGUGUUUUAACAGAUCACCCCUCUCGGAACGGCUUGUACAAACUGCUGCCACAAUCUCUUGAAGCAUUGCAGGUUAGGUAGCCCUUUCAGCCGUCAAAGAUUUUGCUAAAUUUUUGGUAUGCAGAUGCACUUCCCAAACGAAACAGAGAUCUUCUAUCCAAAUCCUGGCCAGGGAUCACCUGAACGAGACCGCUUUGUUAAUGGCGACAUGGACGCAUCUUCCUACGAAUGGAUAUUGGAACUUGCAACUUUUCUGCCAUCACUUCGCUAUAUUUUUAUGAAUGAAACCCAUUACAACCCUGGUCGACCCAUGAAUUUCGAUCUGGAGAAAUGGGAUGCGCCAGGCCCAAUUAAGAUUCUGUUCGAGGAAGCUGGUAUUGACGUGGACAUUCGUGUAAGGGUGCCGAGAAUGAUUGGGGUUGGGUCGGCUUUGAGGGGAAUAUCCGACCUGCCGGAUCUAUUUGAUUGAUUGUCCUUCAAAAUGAUUACAUGUAGCCACAGGGGAAACAACAAAGCUCUCGUACAGUGCUUAGGUGGUGUGAAACUUGCCUCAUCGGGCGAAGUCAUCGCCUCAAACAACGAUAAGAAGUUCUAUGCAUACAUUAUUGGUAUCAUUUACCGUCACAGAGGCGAAGUGUAGACAGUCUUCUAAAUUGCGGACGCAAUCUGGUUCAAGACCUUACCAGUUGGUAUAGGUUGAUGUUGAGCAAGGCUUAUGAUGCCAGUUCGCAUUCUCAUAUUGUAAGAAAGCAAGAUAGAUUAAGUUUUUAAAGUAACAGUGAGAUCAAAUCAAAAAAUACGAUUAAGACCG